AUGCCUCAGUAUUUUGCCAUUAUUGGUAAAAGGGACAAUCCAGUUUAUGAAAUCGAAUUCACCAAUGCGCAAAAUCCACACGGCUUUCCCCAAGAUUUGAAAGAGUUGAAUCCGUUUAUAUUGCAUGCAUCUUUAGAUAUCGUUGAGGACUUACAAUGGCAAAUCAACCCGGCGUCCCAACUAAAUAAUGGUGGAAAUGGUGCGAACGGAUCCAAUGGUGGGGGCGGAUUUCUUCGAUCUAGGACUGUAAGCAAUACCGAUAAUUGUUAUUUGGGUAAGGUUGAUCAUUUUUAUGGGCUAGCUAUAACAGCUUAUAUAAGUUAUGGUGGCAUGAAAUUUGUCAUGAUUCAUGGAAACUCGGCAAACAGCAGUGUGGCAAUUGACGAUAAUAAUGUAAGAACGUUUUACCAAGAAGUACAUGAACUAUACGUAAAGACACUGAUGAACCCGUUUUACAAGAUCACCGAUCCUAUCACGAGCCCUGCAUUCGAUUCGAGGGUAAAGAUGUUGGCGCAUAAAUACCUCUCCAAAUGA